AUGUGGACUUCGCGACGGCUCGAAGCAACUGUGCUGGUGCUGCUAAGAGUGGACAUUUUAUCGAUAUUACCGGUGGUUCAGUGUUUUGGAUUGAUAUAUGAACAUAAAUUUGAAGCUCUUGGUAUGUCUACGGUUGCAAUCAGUUUUCUUAUUCACAUCAACAAUGGGGUAGCUUCAAUUCUUGGUAUGGGUCAAGGAAUACUGUAUCCGUCGACGUCCUUAGCAAUCAAUUCUCACUUCAAAGUUCGUCGUAGUUUAGCUGUAGGUCUCUCAGUGGCUGCAACGAGUUUUGGUCCCGUCCUCAGUCCAUACGCAGUGAACGCCUUACUCUUCAACUACGGAACCUCGGGAACCGUUCUCUUGUUGGGAGGCGUGGCGCUUCAUUCACUGGCAGGCGGGAUGCUUCUGCAGCCGCCGCCCCGAGCCAGCACUGCAGAAGACGCAACGAAAGAGAAGCUGCUGGAAAUGAAAAAUCGAAGUGAUUGUUCACAAAAGAAACAAGAAACAAAUGAUUCAGUAAUUAAAUCACCUACUCCGUUAAAACCUUUAAUGCAGAUAUCAGAACAUCAAACUCUUGUUGAUGAGUUAAAAGGCAAAGGACAUAUUCCAAUCGCCAAAAAGACCUGCACGCGUGUGGUGAAAGCUUUGGAUCUUGAUCUUUUAAAAGAUCCAAUAUAUGUAAAUAUUGCAAUGGGAAUGGGCAUUUCUAUUGCAUCAGAAUUUAACUUCCACAUGCUGUUACCAUUCAUUUUGGUAGAUAUGGCUGAUCUCGACAAGCCAACUCUUGCUACAGUUAUGUCUGUCCAAGCUGGUGCUGAUAUAACUGCUCGAAUAGUCUCUCCACUAUUAGCCAAUUGGUUUCACUGGAAUGCUCGAUUCGCUUAUUUGGCAUCACUACUUGGCUCCAUGGUGGGAAGAACAGUUCUAGCUCAUUUUCAUCAUGACUGUAAAAUAAUAUUAAUCCAGGCAAUUAUUGUUGGAAUAUUCAAAGGCUUAAAAGCUGUGUUUCAAGCAUUAGUUCUUCCUAACUAUGUGCCACUUGACAAAUUGCCUGCAGCUAGUGGCCUCUACAUGAUCCUAAAUGGAAUUUUAUCCAUGAUCUGUGGACCUCUAAUUGGAUAUGUGCGAGAUACAAGCGAUUCAUAUGUGAAUGCUCUUUAUGCAACAUCUGGAUUGUCACUCUUUUGUGUAUUUUCAUGGGGAGCAGAACAUUUAUAUGUACAUUUUUCAAAAUGGAAACACAUGGGAAUUGAAGAAUCCACUGCAUAAGAUGAAGAAGGACGAUGUUUGAGCAAUUGCAACUAAAUGAUGAAAUUUGAAUUAAUGUUCCUUUAGUUCAAAAAUCAAGAGGCAAAGCUCUAUAAAUAGCACAAAACUUAAUGAAUGUUUCAAACAAAUCUAAGGACAAGCCUAAGGACAUUGAAAUUUAAGAUGUGGCAAAAUUAUAUUUUUAGAACAUUUUUUUAUUGUAUAUUUGAAAAUAUAUACUCAUUUGAGUUGUUUAUCGAAAUGUGUACUAUUAUUCAUUUAUAUCAUCAUGACAGUCAAUGAUUAUUGAACCAUGACGAAUGAGAUAUCUUUCAUCAUUCGUCAAUUUAUAAGAAAAUUAAUGAUGACAGUUAGUCAGAAGAAAUAACAAACAUUGUAAUUUCAUUCAAAAAUGGUAAUUGUUACUUCUUUCAUUUUUUUAUUUCUUCCUUUUUUGAGACUAAAACAACUAAAAGUAUAUUCAUUUUUGAUAGGGAAAUAAAACAGUUAAAAUAGUAACAAAAAUGAAACUAAGAGAAAAAAUGAAAUUUAAAAUUAAUCUAAAGUUUCCAUGUGAAAAUAAUAAUGUGAUAUUUAGUCUGAAAUACAUUAUAAUAGUAUUGAUUGUGGAGUAAAGAUAUAAUGCUUAUGAAAUUAAAAAAUGUUUUCAAUGAUUUUACUAAUAACUAAUAAUCUUGACAUGUGACUAAUGAUUAUGUCUCGAAAAAACAUUAAAAGAUUUGUCACUCAUUAGAAAAUUAAAACCUUAUAUGAUGUAAUUUAAUAUUAAAUUGAUUUUUGAGCAUUAGUUGAACAAUUAACUGAUGCUUCUGUGUUCUCUUUGACUAGAGCUAUACUGUAUUUGUAACCGUUGAAGCAAAUGCAUGUGACUUGGUGUGUGCUAACAGUCAGUUGUGUGUCAUGAGUUGAAAUACGCUAGAAUCCACCUAUAAUCAGGGGAAGAUAUGUGUGUCAAGUCAUUGGGCUGCAUUCCAACAAUUUUAUAACUUAUUCACUAAAGCUUUACAAAACUUUUUUUUAGCUUUGACCUGCUUAUUCUUAAUUGAUUUGUAUUCAAAUUUAAAGAAUUUUAUUGAAAACAUGAAGAAGUUAAUAUUAUUUCCUGUGCAAAAAGUCUGUUUCCAUUGUUUCAAUCCACUUGCUCUAGUUAGUACAUAAAAAUCUUCUGUACAAAUUCAAGACUACACCAAACAAGAAAAAUAUUUUGUUUGCAUUUAACUUUGUUACCAUAUUUUUUCAGUAUUUGCACAUUUUCAGACAUAGUGAAUGUCAAAUUCCCUUUUGAUGCUUUAUUAAAUGUCCAUACAGAUCUUAUAUGAUAUGGAUAUGAAAUAUACUAAAGAAUCUGUACCUGCAUUUUAUUCAGUAGAAUUAUGUGGUUAUUUAUUAAGAAUAUUGCCUUCAAUGAUAUUGUUCUCAAAGUUUUGUAUUUGAGUAAUAUAUGAAGAUUCAAUUUUUA